AGCGUCGCUGCGUAGCCGCUAAGUACACGUGUACGAACAUAUAACUUUUCUUGCGAGAAGCGAUUGGAAACUGAUUUUCGCAACCUAUAUAGUAUACUUUCACCGACAAGUUUGGUUCACAAGUUCAAAUAGCAACCUGCAAGUACAUCCUAUGGGAAUUCCUUGCAACGCGCUGUCAUUAUCUUUCGUUACUCUUUAACCCGUGUUUACCGUACGGAAUGGAAUUUUUUUUACUUUACACGUUGGUGUUAAUCUUCAGCUUCUCGAAUCGUUUCGCCGUCGUCCAAGGAACGAGUACGGUCGCCACUGCUUCGGGCGUGGUUAUUGGAAAGGAAGUAUGCCACGAUUCUCACUGCUCGCACUCUUUUCUCGGCAUACCUUUCGCCGAGCCUCCGGUGGGAGCUCUGCGGUUCAAGAGGCCAGUAGCCAAGAAGCCUUGGGGAGGUCUACUUCGUGCAGUCGAGUUCUCGAAGCCGUGCUUUCAGAGGCGAGGCAAGAUCCCUGCGGUGCCGUGGCAGGCCGACGAAAGCGAGAGCAGUGAAGACUGUCUGUACCUCAACGUCUGGACGCCGUCGAACCGUUCGUCGGACACUUUGUUGCCCGCCAUGUUGUGGCUGCACGGAGGCUCGUUCAGAAUUGGGUCGGCCAACCUAGACGUGUACGACGGCAGCGUUCUGGCCAGUUACGGACAGGUGGUCGUCGUGUCGACGAACUACAGGCUCGGCGCCUUCGGUUUCAUGAACGCCAACACGUCCGACGUACCGGGAAACGCGGGCCUCUGGGACCAGUACCUCGCGCUGCGAUGGGUGCACGACAACGUCGGCGCGUUCGGCAGCGACCGCUCUCGAGUGACACUGUUCGGCGAGAGCGUUGGUGCCGCGUCGACAGGCAUGCUGGCUCUCUCGCCACUGUCCAGGGGGCUCGUCAGAAGGAUCAUCAUGCAGAGCGGGACGCCGCGGUGGCCCCUGCAUCUGGAGAACGAAAGUGGCGCAGCCGACGCGUCUAGGCGGGCGCUCGACCUCGUUCGAGACGUAGGAUGCCUGUCAGGUGACGCUUUCACGCCAAAAGCUGUCGCCUGUCUACAAAACGUGCCGCCGGAGGACGUCGCCAGCGCAGAACUGAGGAUCUUCAGUGACCACGUGUUCACCUUCCUGCCGAGCAUAGGUGACGCUCUAGUUCCCGUGGCUCCCAUAGAGGCGGUCGAAGAAGACGUAAAGCUCCCGAUCGACGUGAUGAUGGGGACGAACGUGCGAGAAGGUGCCAUUCUAUUUUUCAUGGGAAGUACUCCGGAUGGCGUCGCUAAGAAUUGGACGAGUUCCUCGGCGGGACUUGACGUGGCGUUCGGACGCGCCUAUAUCGCCCACGUCUUUGCUGGCUUCCCAAAAUCGAUCGUUGAACGGAUCAGCGAGCGCUACCUGGGAACCUUAAGCAAGCGGUCUGCUCCCGAAGACGUCUUCGCCGCGCUGGUGUCUUCCGACGGCGACUUCAUGUUCAACUGUCCAGCACUGUUUCUUGCCGAUUCCUUCUCAAGUCGAGUCGACGUUCUGCUCGCGUACAAAUUCGGGCACCGCGCCUUGCCCGCUCCAUGGCCGGAAGAAUUCGAGGCUACCCAUUCAGACGAGAUCCAGUUCGUGUUCGGCGCACCACUGCGUCAUCCCGGCAGAUACUCUACGGAAGACGUUCUCAUGAGCGAGACGAUCAUGUCGACAUGGGCUAGUUUUGCACACACGGGGACUCCCCAGCUUCCUGGUCGGAAAGCGUGGCCUCGAUACGACAAAGAGCAUCGCUCUUACGUGGCAUUUCAACACGGCUCGGUCACAGUGAAUCACGGUCUGGAAGGCCAAAACUGCGAUUUUUGGAAGGGGCUCAUCUGAAAGUUCGUCUUUGUCCACAGCGAUGAAUCCUGCCACAUUUUCUGUGGGGGAAAUCCGCUGCUGUGUGUCCGGCGGCAAUAAACAGUUGAUCUGCG